AUGGAUGAGCAUGGCACUUUGCGCCCGGUGCUGCUGAAUUCGGCAAUAACCGGAAAGCAAAAGCAACAACGAGAACACCAGCAUCAUCAUCGCUCUACAGCAAUAGUGGAUAAGGGCGAGGACGCGCCUGAAGAGCUGCAGCAAGCCUGCGCCAACGAUUCGUUCAUUUUGGAAACGAUUCUUAAAAAAUACAAUCGUCAUAAGAUCCCGGGCGAUUCUGUGAGUGUUCAAGUGGAAGUUUGGGUGCAGGAGAUCACAACUAUCAGCGACAUCACGUCUGAUUUUCAGGUAUUGUAUUUUCUCCCGAACAUUUUCUUACUCGAAUUUCAUCGGAGGCUUAGAAGAGCUAAAUCCUAG